ACGGCUCCGAGGAGCAAGGCUGGCGUCUAUGCUGGCGCCGCCUUGUUGCGACUUGUUCUAUUUGUCGUCUUCCCCCGCCUGCCAGACCUCUUGACCGGACGCGUUGAGAUCUCGACACCCGUCACGAGCUUCAAGCGACUGCAAGAAGGCUUGUUCCUCUACAACCACAAUGUCUGGCCUUACGAUGGAGGCGUCUAUCACCAGGCGCCCUUGCUGCUCCCCCUCUUCUCGCUCCUCCCCGACGUCAAGACCUGGCCUAUAUUCACGGCGCUCCUAUACAUCCUCGUCGACCUCGUCAGUGCCGAUGCCCUCGUCAAGAUAUCUGAUUCGGGAGAGGCCGGCAACGCGAGGUUGUUUGCGUCGCCGCGACGGGCCAAGAAGACGUGUAGCUUGGUUGUCGCAGCUGCCUUCCUCUUCAACCCCCUGACGAUCGCCAGCUGCGUGGGCCGGACGACGAGCGUCUUCACCAACUGCGCCGUCCUACACGCCGUGGCCCGAGCCAUCCGCGGGUCGCCGUUCAAUGCCAUGGUGGCCCUGUCGUUCGCAUCAUACCUGUCCAUGUACCCGAUCCUCCUUCUGCCGCCGCUGAUCCUCCUCGCCUUCGACCGACAGCCGCCCAAGCGGCGGAUCGACUCGGUCUUCCAGUUCACGCUACGCAACGUGGCCGUGGUGGCCGGGUGCCUGACGGUACUGCUAGGCAUGUCAUCGGCGCUGACGGGCAACUCGUGGGACUUCCUGGGGCGCACGUACGGCAUACAGCUGACGCUGUCGGACCUGACGCCAAACAUUGGUCUGUGGUGGUACUUCUUCAUCGAAAUGUUCGACUCGUUCCGGUCCUUCUUCCUAGCCGUCUUCUGGCUGCACCUGGUGUCAUACGUCGGCGGCCUGACGAUCCGCCUGCGCACCCAGCCCCUCGUCGCCAUCUCCCUCAUGCUAGGCAUCUUCUCCAUCUUCAAGCCCUACCCUUCGGUCGCCGACACCAGUGUCUUCCUCGCCAUACUACCCCUCUACCGACACGUCUUCCCCCUCAUGCGCUACACCUUUGUCGCCUCGGCCACCCUUCUCUACGCCACAUUUCUCGGUCCGGCCUUUUACCAUCUCUGGAUCUACGCAGGCAGCGGGAACGCAAACUUCUUCUACGCAAUCACGUUGGUCUGGAGCCUGGGUCAGAGCCUCCUCGUCUCGGACCUGGCCUUUGCCGUCCUCAGGGAUGAGUGGGAGGUUGAGAGACCUGAAAUGGUUGGCAAGGACGUCAAGCAAAUAUAG